AAAAGUGAAGCACUCGAGCUUUUAUUGGUCGGGCGCUCUGGCGUCACCAACUCGACCUUUGAAGUAGCCAAUCAACGGUAAGGCGGUCUUGUCACGCCUUCGCGACCCCGCCAGGAAGGGGCGGGGCUAGAUGUCAAAUGCAGCCAAUGGAUGGCCCGGGAGUCUCGGCUUCGCAGGAGCGGCGGCGCGAACUCUCCCGCAGUUCCUGACUGGAGUGCUGCGUCCAUGGAGCAGACGGAGGGCGCGAGAACUUGCUAAGGCCAUCCGGCCUAUCGAUGGGAGGUCAGUCCAUCAGAUUUGUUCCGGCCAGGUGGUACUCAGCUUGAGCACUGCUGUAAAGGAGUUGAUAGAAAAUAGUGUGGACGCUGGUGCUACUAGUAUUGAUGUAAGGCUUAAAGACUAUGGGGUGGACCUCAUUGAAGUUUCAGACAAUGGAUGUGGGGUAGAAGAAGAGAACUUUGAAGGUCUAGCUCUGAAACAUCACACUUCUAAGAUUCAAGAGUUUGCCGACCUCACUCAGGUUGAAACUUUUGGCUUUCGAGGGGAAGCUCUGAGCUCGCUGUGUGCACUGAGUGAUGUCACUAUAUCCACCUGCCACGCGUCUGCAAACAUUGGGACUCGACUGGUCCUAGACCACAAUGGGAAGAUCGUCCAGAAAACCCCCUACCCCCGACCCAAAGGCACCACAGUCAGCGCGCAGCACUUGUUUUAUACACUGCCCGUGCGCCACAAAGAGUUUCAAAGGAAUAUUAAAAAGGAGUAUGCCAAAAUGGUCCAGGUCUUACAGGCAUACUGUAUCAUUUCAGCAGGCGUCCGUGUAAGUUGCACUAAUCAGCUUGGACAAGGAAAACGGCAGCCUGUGGUAUGCACAAAUGGAAGCUCUGGCAUGAAGGAAAAUAUUGCCUCUGUGUUUGGCCAGAAGCAGUUGCAAAGCCUCAUUCCUUUUGUUCAGCUGCCCCCUAGUGACUCUGUUUGUGAAGACUAUGGCUUGAGCUAUUCCAAGACUCAGCACAAUCUUUUCCACAUUUCGGGCUUCAUUUCACACUGCACACAUGGUGCUGGGAGGAGCUCAACAGACAGACAGUUUUUCUUCAUCAAUCGGCGUCCUUGUGACCCCGCAAAGGUCUCUAAACUUACUAAUGAGGUUUAUCACAUGUAUAAUCGGCAUCAGUAUCCAUUUGUUGUUCUUAACAUCUCUGUUGAUUCAGAACAUGUUGAUAUCAACGUGACUCCAGAUAAAAGGCAAAUUUUGCUGCAGGAGGAGAAGCUUUUGCUGGCAGUUUUAAAGACCUCCUUGAUUGGAAUGUUUGACAGUGAUGCAAACAAGCUUAGUGUCAACCAGCAGCCACUGUUGGAUGUUGAAGGUAACUUAGUAAAGAUGCAUGCAUCGGAAAUGGAAAAGCCGGUGUCAGGAAAGCAAGAUAACUCUCCUUUAUUGAAGAUCACAGCAGAUGAGAAAAGGGUAGCAUCCAUUUCCAGGCUGAGAGAGGCCUUUUCUCUUCAUGCUCCCACAGAGGUCAAGUCUUGGAGCCCAGAGUCUCCUGAACUGAAAAAGAAUUAUCCAAGUCAAAAAAGGGGUGUGAUGUCUUCUCAUCCUGCAGAUCUCAUCUCUUAUAGAGGCCUGCGCGGUUCCCAGGACAAUUUGGUGAGUCCCAGAGAAAGCCCUGGUGAGUGUGUGAACAGAAUGAAAACAGAAAAAGACUCAGGGCUCAGCAGCACCCCAGCCAGCUCUGAGGAAGGGGUCAGCACCCCAGAACUGGCCAGUGGCUUUAGCAGUGACUCUACAGAGAUCUCUCCAGGAGACAGGUCUUCACAGGAAAACACAGACUGUGCUGAGCAGCUACUUGAAGUACAUGGCCGUCUUCCAGGUACACAACAUCAUUUGAAGCAAGAAGACAGCGGAUAUAAAUGUAAAGCUUUGCCUCCACCACCUCAUCUCUCACCCUCAAACGCUAAGCGUUUCAAGACAGAAGAAAGGCCUUCAAAUACUGACAUUCCUCACAAGUUGCUAGACACUCACAGCACCUCAGCAGCUCAGGUUGAUGUCGCUGUGAAAAUUGAUAAGAAAAUCGUACUCCUCGACUUCUCCAUGAGUUCCUUAGCUAAACGUAUGAAGCAGUUGCGGCACCUACAGCAGCAGAAUGAGAGGGAACAGACUUACAGGAAAUUUAGGGCCAAGAUUUGCCCUGGAGAAAACCAAGCAGCAGAAGAUGAGCUCAGAAAAGAGAUCAGUAAGUCGAUGUUUGCAGAGAUGGAGAUCUUGGGUCAGUUUAACCUGGGAUUUAUAGUAACCAAACUGAAGGAGGACCUCUUCCUGGUGGACCAGCAUGCUGCGGACGAGAAGUACAACUUUGAGAUGCUGCAGCAGCACACUGUGCUCCAGGCGCAGAGGCUCAUCACGCCCCAGACUCUGAACUUAACUGCUGUCAAUGAAGCUGUGCUGUUGGAAAAUCUGGAAAUAUUCAGAAAGAAUGGCUUUGAUUUUGUCAUUGAUGAGGAUGCUCCAGUCACUGAAAGGGCUAAAUUGAUUUCCUUGCCAACUAGUAAAAACUGGACUUUUGGGCCCCAAGAUAUAGAUGAACUGAUUUUUAUGCUAAGUGACAGCCCUGGGGUCAUGUGCCGGCCCUCCAGAGUCAGGCAGAUGUUUGCCUCCCGAGCCUGUCGGAAGUCUGUAAUGAUUGGAACCGCUCUCAAUACUGGCGAGAUGAAGAAGCUUGUCGCUCACAUGGGUGAGAUGGACCACCCCUGGAACUGUCCCCAUGGACGGCCAACCAUGAGGCACAUUGCAAAUCUGGAUGUCCUCUCUCAGGACUGAUACUUACUGCUUGUGGGAUAGAGGAUUGCAGAUUGUUCUGUUUUGGAAAGAUGGGGUUAUAAGUAACCUGUUUAUCAUGCUCAAAAAUUAACAUGCUGCUUCCAUGCACCGGAUCCACUUAAAAACAAUGUUAAGCCAGGCAUAGUGGCAUAUGCCUGUAGCCCAGCUGCUUGGGAGACCCCGGUGGGAGGCUCACUUGAGCCCAGGAGUUUUAAGAUCAUCCUGAGCUAUGUUAAUGAGACUCCAUUUAAAAAAAAAAAAAAAUUAAGCCUUUUCACUA